AUGGCUCAGAAUCAGAUUGAAGAGGUUUACAACUCCUUGAUGGAAGCAGCUAAGAAUGGAAACAAAGAAAUGAUAGAGGAGUUAUAUAAACUGCUUGGGGAACACCCCUCUGUUCUUGACAAAGCUGAUACACAGUUCGGAGAGAAUCUGUUACAUGUCGCGGCGAAGCAUGGCAAUGCACUCUUAGCAGCUGAAAUUGCAAUCCUGAAUCCUUCUUUGACUAAAAGCCUGAACCAAGAAGGAUUGAGUCCUCUACACAUAGCUGCUAAAAAAGGACAUUUAGAUACUGUGAAGAAGCUCUUGAAAGUAGACAAGGAACUCUGCCUCUUCAAAGGCAGGGAGAUGAUGGUACCUCUUCACUGUGCAGCAAAAUCUGAUGUAAAUCUCAAUAAUAAAAAGGUUAUAGAGGAGCUCCUCUCUGCUUGCCCCAAAUGUAUCACAGCAUUAACUACCCAAAAUGAGACAGCUUUUCACAUUGCAGUAAAAAGUGGUAGUUCCCAAAACUUUGAAGCACUGGUGAAAUGGAUCAAGGGACAAAGGGGAGGCUACAACAUUCUAAGCUGGAAGGACCAGGAUGGCAACACCAUCUUACACCUUGCAGCUUCAGAAAGAAAACAUAAGAAUUUGAAGAUUGUAAAGCUGCUGCUUCGUAAGAAAGGCUAUUUUGUUAGAAAGGCUGUGAAGAUAAACACAAUGAACAACAAUGGACAGACAGCCUUGGAUGUCAUAAAUGGAUCAAAAUUACAACCAGAACAGGAUGAAGAGCUAGGCAGCAAAAAGGUGCAGGGAGAUGAAGAUAAAGAAAAGGAGGUCCCAAAUUUCCUGAGUUUCAAGGUAGAUAAAGACAUUUCAAGUGAAGUUCGAAACGCUUUGUUAGUGAUUUUAAUUCUGAUCGUGACGGUGACAUACACAACUGGAAUCAAUCCUCCAGGGGGACUUUGGCAAGAUGAUGGAAUCAGCAAUAGCUCACAGAAACAACACACUGCAGGAACAUCAAUUUGGUUUGAUAAGAACCCAGACUCUUUCCAACUACUAAUGCUUUGUAACUAUGCAGGGUUUCUUGUGUCUGUUGUCCUGAUUUUCAAUCUAACAGAAGGAUAUACUUUACGAGGUCCGAUUCUACUAGCUCUGCUCUUUAUGUUGAUUACCUAUGCAUUAUCGAUUCGACUCCUGUUUCUGAGUGAUGGUGCUCUCGCGGUGUUGAUCAAUGGAAUCAUAUUGAUUGUUCCAUUACCUGUGGCAUUAGUCCUUUUGGUUGCUACUGCAAAUUGGAUAUGGGACAUUAAGCCGUAG